UCCGCCCGCGCCCGGGCGCGCGCGUCACAGCUGCCUGUGCCGCGCUCAAGUACUCUUCCGCCCCACCCGAGAAAGUUUCGGUUCUGCCAGACUGGGGACUCACUAGCGACAGUGACAACCCAGAGCUGGCAGAGGACGAUGAGGGCAGAACCCCGAGGCCCAAGGAAAUAGAAUUUACUUCCCAGAAGUACCAUGGUGCCACCAUGGUACAUGACAGCCACUGACCGGACGGCCACACAGCUUCUCAGCCCCAGUCUCCACUGACCACGCAGCCACGAGCAGGGACUCACCAUGGCCUCUAGUGGUGCCGAGGGCCAGCUGCAGAGAAUCAUCCGAGACCUGCAAGAUGCUGUGAUGGAACUAAGCAGCGAGUUUAAGGAAGUGGGAGAGCCCAUCACCGAUGACAGCGCCAGCCUGCACAAGUUCUCCUACAAGCUUGAGUACCUCCUGCAGUUCGACCUGAAAGAGAAGGCCAGCCUACUGGGCACCAAGAAGGACUACUGGGACUACUUCUGCGCCUGCCUGGCCAAGGUGAAGGGCACUAAUGACGGCAUCCGCUUCGUCAAGUCCAUCUCGGAGCUCCGGACAUCCCUGGGGAAGGGAAGAGCCUUUAUCCGCUACUCUCUGGUGCACCAGCGGCUGGCGGAUACCUUGCAGCAGUGCUUCAUGAACACCAAGGUGACCAGUGACUGGUACUAUGCGAGAAGCCCCUUUCUGAAGCUCAAGCUGAGCGCCGACAUUGUGGGCCAGCUCUACGAGCUGACUGAGGUGCAGUUUGACCUGGCGUCGAGGGGCUAUGACCUGGAUGCUGCGUGGCCGACGUUCGCCAGGAGAACGCUGGCCCCUGGCUCCUCUGCGUACCUGUGGAAGGCCCCCAGCCGGAGCUCCAGCAUGAGCAGCCUGGUGAGCAGCUACUUGCAGACCCAGGAGAUGGCCUCCAGCUUCGACCUGAGCAGUCCCCUGAACAACGAGGCACUGGAGGGCUUCGAUGAGAUGCGUCUAGAGCUGGACCAGCUAGAGGUGCGGGAGAAGCAGCUGCAGGAGCGCGUGCACCAGCUAGACCGGGAGAACCAGGAGUUGCGGGCAGCAUUCAGUGCACAGCAGGAGCAGCUGCAGGUGGAGAAGCAGUGGGCACGUGUCACUGCAGAGGAUCGCAGCUACCUCACGGGCCUGGUGGCCCAGCUCCAGAAGCAGUGGGUGGUCACCCAGGCCACACAGGAUGCCAUUAAGGAGCUGCACGUGUGCCUCCAGGCUCUGGAGCAGGAUAUAGCCAAGGAGGGGGACAGCUCUGUCCUGCAGCGCCUGGAGGCCACACUGCAGCCCCUGGCACAGGAGCUCAAGGCUGCCAGGGACUCCCUGGGCAAGAACCAGGUUCUCGAUAGCCUCUCAGACUGGCUAGCCAGGGCUGAGCAAGGAGCAGCCUUGGCCUCAAACACAAAAGGUCAACAAGAGCCCAUCCAAGCCGACUUGGGCCUGAAGCUCCAGGAGCUGGAAGAGAAGCUCCAAUCCCUGGAAGAGGAGAGCACCAAGGUCCGGGAGCUCAACAGGCAGCAGAGUGCACAGCUGGUGCAGCUGGCCACAGAGCUGCAGCAGAAGGAGGAGGUACGGGCUGGCCUAGAGCACCAGGUGCAGGAGAUGGCCCAGCUCCGGCAGCAGCUGCGAGAGUCCCUAGCCCGCACGAGCUCCCUGGAAGAGGAGCUGGCAGGACUGAGGCAGGCGGAACAGCUGCAGCAGGAAGAGAAGGAGAUGUUGGCACAGGAGGCCCGGUCCCUGAGCCGGCAACUACAGGUCCUAGAGACCCAGCUGGCACAGGUGAGCCAGCAUGUGGGUGACCUGGAGGAGCAGAAGAGGCUGCUCAUCCAGGACAAGGACCAUCUCAGCCAGAAAGUGGGUACGCUGGAGAGGCUCACCGGGCAGACAGCCCCAGAGCCACCUGCAGCCAGUGAUCAAGGUGAGGCCCCCACCUCGUCAGUAUCCACCCCGCAGCAGGCCAGUGAGAAGCCAGAAGAGCAGCAAGGGGAUGGUGCCAAGAUGCCUGCAGGCAAGCAGGAAGACGAGCUGCUCCAGGCCAACCGGGAGCUGCAGAGGGAGCUGCAGAGCAUGGUUGGACGUAACCAGCUCCUGGAGGCCAAGCUUCAGGCCCUGCAGGCCGACUACCAGGCGCUGCAGCAGCGGGAGGCAUCCAUCCAGGGCUCCCUGGCCUCCCUUGAGGCCGAGCAGGCCAGUAUCCGGCACCUGGGUGACCAGAUGGAGGCGAGUCUGCAGGCGGUGCAGAAAGCCAAGAGGGCCAUGAAGGUGCAGGUGGCUGAGAAGGAAGCUGCUCUGCAGAGCAAGGAGGAUGAGUGCCAGCAGCUGCGGGAGGAGGCAGCACAAUGCCGGCGGCUGGCAGAGUCCCGGGACGCAGAUCUUAAAGUCCUCUCCAAUGAGUGCCACAACCAGGCCCAGCUGAUCGAGGCCCUCAGGGCAGAGAAGGGCCAGCAGGACCUCAGCCAGCCCCAAGAUGGGACUGCACAGCUGGCCCUGGCCCAGGCGCAGCUUGAAGUACACCAGGGCGAAGCCCAGCGGCUGCGGGCUGAGCUGGUGGACCUGCAGGCUAAGCUCCAAGCAGCCCUGGGCGACCAGGACAAGGCACAGAGCCAACUACGGGUGACCGUGGAGUUGCUGAGGGAGCAAAGGAUGCUGGUGCAGCAGCUGCAGGAGCAGAACGAGGCUCUCAACAGGGCCCAUGUCCAGGAGCUGCUACAGUGCUCCGCAGCUCGGGAAGGGCUGCUGCAGGAGGGCAGGGCCAGUGCGGCCCAGCAGCACAAGCAGGAAAUGCAGGCCCUGCAGGAGGAGCUGGCUCGGGCUACGCACAGCUCCGAAGAGGCCCGGCUGGAGCACGCCGAGCUGCAGGAGCAGCUGCACCAGGCCAACACAGACACUGCUGAGCUGGGCAUCCAGAUCUGUAACCUGACCUCGGAAAAGGAGCGUGUGGAGGGGGAGCUGCGCGACUGCCAGGAGGCUGCUUCCCGCGAGCGAGAGCGCCUGGAGCGCCAAGUGGCAGAGCUGCUGCAGGAGACAGCAAGCCUCCAGGAGAAGCUGACAGUGGCCGAGGACACUGCCAGCUCCCUGGCCACCCUGCAGGCCCAGCUGGUGCAGGCAGAGCAUCAGGCACAGAGUCUCCAGGAGGCUGCACGCCAGGAGCAUGACACCCUCAAGUUCCAGCUGAGUGCUGAGAUCAUGGACCACCAGAGCAGGCUGAAGGCUGCCACCGAAGAGUGCAGGAGCCUCAGGGCCCAGCUCGAGCAGCAAAGCCAGCAGCUGCAGGCUGCCGAUGAGGCCGUGGCCAAGCUGAAGGCCACCCAGGCGGACAUGGCAGAGAAGCUGAGCUGCACCAGCAGCCAUCUUUCCAAGUGCCAGGAGGCUGCAGCCCAGAAGGACAAGGAGGCAGUGGCCCUGCGGGAGGGUCUAGACCGGACCCAGAAGGAGCUGGAGGUCGCCACCACCAAAGUCCAGGAGUACUGCAGGAGACUCCGCCAGGAGAAGAGCGACCGGGAGCAGAGCGACCAGAAGAUGCUGGCGGAGCUGGACGACCUGAACAGAACCAAGAAGUACCUGGAGGAGCGGCUGAUAGAGCUGCUCAGGGACAAGGACGCGCUGUGGCAGAAGUCGGACGCACUGGAGUUCCAGCAGAAGCUCAGCGCCGUGGAGCGGUGGCUCGGGGAUGCGGAGGCCACACACUGCCUGGACUGCAAGCGCGAGUUCAGCUGGAUGGUGCGGCGGCACCACUGCAGGGUGUGCGGCCACAUCUUCUGCUACUACUGCUGCAACAACUAUGUCCUGACCCGGCCGGGCGGCCGGAAGGAGCGCUGCUGCCGCGCCUGUUUUCGGAAGUUCAAUGAAAGCCCAGGCUCCCCCAGCAGCUCCGAGUCGACCACCAGCCCAGGAGACCCCAGCCCCCGACUGUCCCCGGCCCACGCUGGGACCCAGGCCGCCGGAAGCCAAGUAGCUGACUGCAGGCAGCCGGACGACGCUGUGUUCGACAUCAUCACGGACGAGGAGCUGUGCCAGAUCCAGGAGUCUGGCUCUUCCCUGCCAGCAACGCCCACGGAAACUGAUUCUCUGGACCCGAACGUGACCGAACAGGACACCACCUCAAACUCGCUGACCUCCGAGGAUGCUGAGGGUAUGCCCAUGGGGCAGGACACCGAAAUCUGCCUGCUGAAGUCCGGGGAGCUGAUGAUCAAGUUACCUCUAACUGUGGAGGAGAUUGCCAGCUUCGGCGAGGGCAGCAGGGAACUGUUUGUGAGGUCCAGCACCUACAGCCUGAUCCCCAUCACCGUGGCUGAGGCGGGCCUCACCAUCAGCUGGGUCUUCUCCUCUGACCCCAAGAGCAUCUCCUUCAGCGUGGUCUUCCGGGAGGCUGAGGACACGCCCCUGGACCAGUGCAAGGUCCUCAUCCCCACCACCCGGUGCCACUCCCACAAGGAGAGUAUCCGCGGCCAGCUGAAGGUGCGCUCACCCGGCAUCUACAUGCUCAUCUUCGACAACACUUUCUCCAGGUUUAUCUCCAAGAAAGUGUUUUACCACCUGACAGUGGACCGGCCUGUGAUCUACGACGGCAGUGACUUCCUGUAGCACCAGGCACCUGGACUCCACGCUGUCAGCUGGUCCACUGGAAACACUACUCGUCCCCCACACCCCAUCACCUGAAUUCAGCACAAGAGAAAGACAAGGAGAAGCAGAGCAAGGCCACUAGCCCAUGGCUGUGCCCUCAGCCCCGACCCUGCAGCUCUAAGGGCUCAGCGACAUUUCCCCUGCUAGCCCCCACUGUCCUCACAACCCAGGGACCCUGCCAGAGCAUCCGCCUAUCCUGGGCACAGCUGGUCGCAGCCAAGCUCGACCUCAGUGGGCUCCCCGGUGACCUGCAUCCCGGUGACCCAUGCAUCCCAGGAUGGCCACAGGACCAGGGCGCUGGGCAGGGGUCCUCCCCCUACCUCUUCCAGUCACUCACUGUCACAUUUGGGGCUGCACCAGCGUGCAGUGAUUUCGAGGGCACUGCUGAGCCAUGCUGACCUCGAGGCCUUUCCUGGGUGACUGUCCGUGGGCAAAGCCCACACUCAGCCAGGCCUCCCAGAGGUCAGCUCAGCCCAGAGCCCAGCAUGCCAAAGACCUUCAGGGCUGGGAGCUCCUGCUCCCAGCCUGGCUGGUUAUGCAUGGGACACAUGUGUCCUAGCAAGCACAGCCAGGCAACAGCUGCUUUCCAGCACCUGCUGAACAGGUCUUGGAUGACUAGGAAGCCAGUGGCAGAGGAAAAGGCCAUAACUUACACUUGUCUCCACCAGCCCUGCAAGCGCCCCAACCCCCAGGCCCACUUCCUCCCUUAACAGGAAGCAGAUGCCCUGCCCGGUCCCCUGGGUCCUUUCCUUCACCACCCCCACCCCAACGGAGCUCCCGCUUCAUGGCUUCUGUCUCCCAGCAGCUGGCCACCAGCAGUCCAGCCCCUGGGGUGGCCACAGGUAUGCAGUGUGUGGCACAGAAGCCCACUGCAGCCAGGCGCGAGGUCAAAGCCCUGCCAGGCCAGCCAGCCAUCCCCGCACAGCCCCCUGUCCACCAAAGCCGGGACCUUUAGGGAGGCCCGGUCAGGUCCAGCCCAGACCUCAGUCAGCACCAGCAAAGACGAGUCAGUGAUUUCGUGUACUUGGAGUCAUUCGAGAGAGGUACUCAAGAGCCGGGGCCCUUGCGGCCUCUGUCCUCCAAGCGGCCUCUGUGUGCCCAGGUGCCCGCCAUGCUCUGUCAGAGCCCUGGCUGCCCAGCACAGCACAGAGGACUUCCCAGCCUCAGUGUCCCCAUGGCCCAAGGUAUCUCUGGAGCAGUCCGUCCCUCCUGCACAAGUCACUGGAAGUUGACGACUGCCCACAAAAACAGCAGGGCACCCAGCACAGCCCAGGAUCCUCCUGUCAGCCCUGGCUCUCCCUGAGUGCUGGGGCUCUGAUCGCUUUGUCACCCAAGGCAGCAGGAAGCACCUUCCCCUGUGGAGCUGCUGGGUCUGCCAGGCAGGGCCUGGAGCAUCUGUCUGAGGUCCCUCUGGACACCCAUCACUCAUACCAGCAGGGAUUGACUGCAGGUUCAGAGACCGCUGGCUGUCUGAAGCCACCCAGAACCACCCUGGAGGGCAGUGGGGCUUCUGGUGGGUGUCCCUCACUCUGGGCCUGGGUCGCCCCCUACUGGCUCUGGCAUGCUUGUCUCUUGUGGAGACGAGUGUGAUACUAGCUCUCUGCCCAGCACCAGUUUGCAGCGCAUGCUGUAGCCAAAGCCUGCACUGGCCCGUGUGCAGCCGACUCACAGCUGUGUUCUUUCUCUGAACUGUUCGCCGCUGUACAGAGGCCCAGAGCUGGUGUCACUUUUUAAAUGCAAGUGACAGUUAGAUCCCUGCUGAUGGCUGUAGCCCUGGCUUGACACAGCUAGCAGAAGUCACAGCUGCCAUCCGAGCCCUGAGUCCCUACUGCCUGCCAGCCUCGCUCUGCAAUGUGGUGACCUGCCAAACACACGUCUACUACCAAGGCAGCGUGGUCCCUGCAGAGCACCCAGCCCAGGGACAGGGCUGUAGAUGGGCGUGGCCAGAGCAGGGAGAUUCUACAGCAGGAUCCGGAGCUGCAGGACCUCACGGGCUCAGCAAAUAGUGACCAGAGCCACCUCACAUCACUCAGAAAGGAAGGGCCGUGUUUCCCAGCAUUCAGUCGUCACCUACAGCAGGUAGCCGUUGCAGGGAGCUGUUCCAGGCCCAGACAUUCACAGAAGGGUGGGUCCCAAGCCUAGCAGACAUGCUAGGAUAGAAUUUCACGGGAGUUUGAUUUUUUACAGUCCACCCAGAAUCCUUUAGACCACAAAGCCAGCCUUGGUUCAGGCUUGGGGACUGAGCAAAGAGAAGCUGUCUGAGGUACUCAGAACCAAGGACCUCCUGGCACCCUGAGUCCUCUGAGACUGCUGCUCCUGUCUGCAAAGAUCUGUGCUGCUUAGUGGACUCUAGUGAGCUUCUCUCCUUACUGCAGUUCCUCCAAGGAAGCAGGGAGGAUGGGGUUAAUGAUUCCCUCUUCCCUCAUAAGCACUUUUCCUAAUAGAGUAGAUCUCUAGGUUUCUGUUGACAGGCCAAAGCAAAGCAAAAAAAAAAAAAAAAAAAAAAAACACGGGCUUCCUUAGAGUCCUGGGGUGUGCGUUACCCAGAAACACUGCCCCAGGCCUGAGGGACACCACGCCUGGGGCAGAGGCUCCAAAAUCAGAAUGCACUUUAAAGCUCUCACAUUGUGGCCUUCCUGAUGCAGGGUGUGGCAUCCGCGUCACCCUUACAUGCCAAAGAAUCACCCAGCAGCACAUCAGACACCAGCACCCCACCCCACGGUGGGGCUGAGACACUUGUACCACAAAACGUUCCUUCACGGACGUCUGCUGAGCCAUUUGGAAAUAUGUUUCACCUCAGGAUUUAAAUGAACACUAUGACAUGGGA